GCAACUCCACAGUGAACAACAGCCGAUUCAAUGGCGUUUUAUCAGUUGUUUGUGUGUGUAGUAUUUCUUUUAAAUGUGUCAUGGGCUCAAAUCUACUCAGCGCUUUAUGAUGACAAAACUUCACAGCUAAUAUUGAAAGAGGGGUUUCAACCGGACUUUGUCGCAGUCGCGAAUUUCACAGACGAUAUCAAAAAUACAGGGUGGUCAUAUCUGGAGGUCAGCACCGGUGGGAGUUAUAAUGACACGCUGCAGGCAUAUGCUGCUGGAGUCGUGGAGGCUGCUGUCACGUCACAGCUCAUCUACAAACACUGGAUGAACACGCUGAUGGGCUACUGUGGUCCAUUCUCUCAUGACGCAAGCUACUGUCAGCGGCUCAAAGACUACAUCAGCACCAACCUGCAGUGGGUCACACAACAGAUGGACACACAUAUGGACUUGCCGUACUGGCAUCAGGUGCGUUUGUCUUUGCUGCAGCUGCAGGGUUUGGAGGAUGGAUACAAUGGACAGAUUGAAUUUCCCACUGGAAGGCUUUCCAUUAAUCCUUUUGGCUUCCUGCUUUUCCAGAUGGGUGGAGACCUGGAGGACUUAGAAGCAGCACUGAACAAAUCCAGCAAGUCUCGUGCUGUGGGCUCAGGCUCGUGCUCUGCGUUGAUCAAACUCCUGCCGGACAGAAAGGAUUUGCUGAUGUCACAUGAUACAUGGAACACCUACCAGUCAAUGCUAAGAAUAAUGAAGAGAUACGAUUUUGCUUACCGCACUUCUCCAAAAGAAAAGACGUUUAUUCCUGGGAGAAUUCAAGUGUUUUCCUCAUAUCCUGGCUCAAUAUUCUCAGGCGAUGACUUCUAUAUCCUCAGCAGUGGUCUGGUGACUAUGGAAACUACAAUUGGCAACAGUAACUCUGACUUGUGGAAAUUUGUCCAGCCUCGCGGUGCCGUUAUGGAGUGGUUGAGAAACAUUAUAGCGAAUCGUCUCGCUGAAACUGGGAGUGCAUGGGCAGAUGUCUUCAGCAAGUACAACAGUGGAACGUACAACAAUCAAUGGAUGAUAGUCGACUUCAAGAUCUUCGUUCCAGGACAAGUACACCUAGAACAAGGGCUUUUCACAGUUUUGGAGCAAAUACCUGGAAUGAUUGUAACAGCUGAUAAAACUGAAGAACUAUUCAAGACUGGCUACUGGGCCAGCUACAAUAUCCCGUACUUUGAGGAUGUGUUUAAUGCAAGUGGAGGUCAGGAGCUGGUUCAGAAGUAUGGAUCCUGGUUCUCCUUCAGUGAGAAUCCAAGAGCACAGAUCUUCCAUAGGAACCAAACACUCGUUACUGAUGUGGAGUCUAUGGUGCGUCUCAUGAGGUAUAAUAACUAUAAAGAUGACCCCUUGUCCUGCUGUGAUGACUGUGAUCCCAUUCAGAAUGGAGAGAACUCCAUCUCCGCUCGUUCUGACCUGAACCCUGCCAACGGCUCGUAUCCGUUUGGAGCUCUGAAGCAGCGGCCGCACGGUGGAACGGACAUGAAGAUGACGUCCUAUGCCAUGUUGAAGCAGUUCGAGCUGUUGGCCGUCAGUGGUCCUACAUGGGAUCAGGUGCCCGUGUUCCAGUGGAGCAGCUCUCCGUACAGCAAACUCCUGCAUAUGGGCCAUCCAGACCGCUGGGACUUCAGCACAGUUCAUGUCAAAUGGUCCACAUAGCAUAAAGAGUUUUAUUUUAUCACACGUCCCAUUUGGACAGCUUUUGAUUAUCAAUAUAAUGACUGCCAUCUCAGGAAGAAAAAAAACGAAGUAUUUUUUUAGUAAGAAUCCGGAUAUAAGUGUUUUGUGAUUUACACUGUUGUGAUAUGUUACACGUUUAUGAUUUUUUUUUUCUUCGCAUAUUUCUCUUAAAUGUUCUGUGUCUUUGGAAUGAAAAGAAAAAUAAAGAUGUUCUGUU